AAGAAGAAGAAGAAGAGAAGGUUUUGCGGAAGAAGGAAUAAUUGUCAUCCAUGGAACUGGGCGCGGGGAGGAGGAGGAGGAAGAAGAACUGGAACGAGCUUGGUGUCGUGGACACCAUUUACGAGGAGGAGGAAGACGACGCAGCAGAAGAAGAAGGAGACGACGGCGGCGGCGGCGGCUACUCCACCGCCUCAUCGCCUUCUCUCCCCUCCCCGGCUCUCUCCCCGGCAGCCGCACCUCGAGCGGGAACGUGGUCGGCGAAAUCUGGGUGCAGGCCGGAUGUCGUGAUAAGAGUUCAAGGGACGUGCUUUCAUCUGCACAAGGCUCAUCUCACGUCAAGAAGCGCCUACCUCAAGCGGCACCUCACCGGCGUCUCCGAGCUCACCCUCUCCCCGCCGCUGAAGAUAACUGCAGCCACGUUCCGCCUGGUCGCCGACUUCUGCAGCGGCGGGCCCCGCGUCGCGGUGACCCCCUUCAACGUGGCGGGGCUCGCCACGGCGGCGGCGUCCCUGGAGAUGACGGCGGGCGAGGGCGGUGACGGGGGCGACGACCUGAGGCUCGUCGCGGAGACCUACUUCCGCCAGUACGUCGCCGCGAGCCGGGAGUACGCCUCGAUCCUGUUCCGCUCGUGCCUGGGCCUGUUGCCCGAGGCGGAGACGGCGGCGCGCCUGGUCAGCCGGUGCGUCGAGGCGUUCGGCCAGAUGGGGGACUGCGAGGGCACGGGAGGAGGCGGCAGCGGCGACGACGGCGCGGGGGAUGGGUUUGCUGAGUGCUUCGACGACGUCGUCGCCGUCGGGGUCGAGGACUUUCAAGUUACGGUCGACUCGAUGCAAGGUCGUUUAACAAGUCAUGACUUGCUAUAUAGGAUGGUGGAUGUGUAUCUCAUGGAGCACGGUGGGAAAAUGACGGAGGAACGCAAGGCCCAGAUAUGCAACACCGUCGACUGCACCAAGCUCUCGAUGGACCUCCUCCUCCACGCCGUCCAAAACCCUCGGAUGCCGCUCCGCUUCGUCGUCCGUGCCAUGCUCGUCGAGCAGCUGAGGACCCGGCUCCAUGUCGUCCACGCCCGCGACCGCCGCCAACAGCCGCCGCCGCCGCAGCAGCCCAGCAGCAGCAACAAGCGACGGAGCAAGGACGGGGAUGCCGCCGACACGCUCGGCACGAUCCUCCAGCGGGACGCGGCGGUCUGCCACGGGGCGCAGCUGAAGGCCGCGAUGGAGGCGACCAGCUCGCGGAUCCAGAGCCUCGAGAGGGAGCUCACCGGGAUGAGGCGGACCCUCCGGGAGUCGACGUCCGAGAAGCCGAGGGGCGCCGCGAUGAUCGACUCGGCUCGGUCGGCUAGCUUCCAUUACAUAACGGCGGCAGAGAGCAGCAAGAUCGAGAGAGGGGAGCGAGGAUCGGUCUCGUCGGUGAGCUACAGGUUCAGCAACCGAGGCGGGGCGGCAGCCAGAGCGGGAGGGGGCUCGGAUUGGCCGGAGGGGGACGGAGGGAGCCCGGGCGGCCGGAAGAGCAUCCGGCAGAGGCUGAUCAGCGGAUUAAAGCAUGCGUUCGGAGUGUUGAGAGAUUCGAAACCCGCGGCGAGGAGCAAAAUAGCCGGAGGGAAUGUGGGGAGAGACGUUACUGCCGCUGGGGCGGCCGGAAGAGAAAGAGCUGCUGUUUGA